AUGCAGCUGGUUCUCCUCGGACCACCAGGCGCCGGAAAAGGCACGGUCGCCACCGCCGUGGCCAUCCGCACCGGCAUCCGUCACAUCUCCACCGGUGACCUGUUCCGCGCGGCGGUCAAGGAGCAGAGCCCGCUGGGCCGGCGCGUGGCCGCCCUGCUGCAGGCGGGAAGUCUGGUCCCUGACUCGCUGACCAUCGCCUUGGUGCGUGAGCAUCUGGCGACCAUGCCCAGGGGCGUUGGGUUCAUCCUGGACGGCUUUCCUCGAACGGUCCCGCAGGCAGAAGCGCUGGCCGGGUUCGCGGACAUCGAAGCCGCGGUGGAGUUGGUCGUUCCCGAACAGGAAGUGGUCAGACGCCUUUCCGGACGCCGCACAUGCAGCGCGUGCGGGGCAACCUUCAACGUCGCCUCGAUGCCGGCAAACGCCGCCCGCUUCUGCUCGCCCGUGCAGCGCGAAGACGACGACCCGCAGGCGAUCAGGCGGCGGCUGGACGCCUAUCGGGCGCAGACCACCCCGGUGGUCGACUACUACCGGACUACCGGCCUGCUGCGACCCAUCGACGGUACGGCCACGCCCUCCGAGGUCGCCGACCGUCUGCGAACCGUGGUAUCCGGUUGA